AUGACCACCGACGAUGUGCUGCUCUACAAAGUGAUAAAGUAUGGAAAGUUGAUCAAAAAGAAAGAAAGGAUUCCACAUGUUCUAAGCCGUCUAAACGAUGUUGAAAUGACACUUGAUAUUUUGUCAGCAACGAAUAUUGGUCGCUAUGUUAACAGCCUGUGCCUGGUGCGGUCCUCAUUGUUGGUAUUCACAUGA